AAGAUGGGGGUAGGUGCUCGGGCCGGCUGGGCAGUGCGUGUGUGUGACAUUGUGGGUCCGAUGACAUUGGGUGUCUACGGGGGUGGGGGGCUCCGGGGACUCUGCACUCCGGAGCCAGGCCUGCGGGACUUUGUGAGCCGGCUGACCGGGCCGUCCGUGUGACUGUGCCGCUGACGGGAGGGUGUGCAGGCCGCCUGGGCCUGCGGGGGUCUGUUGCGUAUGUUGGCUUUGUGUGCGGGGUCCGCGGGAACAUGGCCCAGCCCUCAGUACUUCAAUCUGACCUUGUGCGGUUCCGUGCUCAGUCCUGUGUGCGUGUGUGCGCCUGUGCGCGUGUGCCUGGGUGCAUGUGUGCAUGUGCGUGUGCAUGUGUGCAGUACUGGCUCUGCUAGGCCCUGUCAGCACAUUCUGCCUGUGGUUGUGUGACUGCAGUUGUGUGUCUGUCUGCAUUUGCAGUAUCUGGGUGUGUCUGUGAGCCUGUGUUUGUGUGUCUGGGGUGUUAGCCAGGGUGGGGACAGGUCCAGGCUGUGAGAUGGACAGCCAGGUGACCUAUCUUUCUCCUUCCAAGCUGGCGGGGGGGAGGGCUCUGCAGUGCAGUGCAGCCUGGGGCUGCAGGGUAUGUGUCUAGCCCCUAAUGGGGGGAGCAGACAAAGACGGGGUGCUGAGGGAGAAGGAAGCACAGAGCAAUGGCAGGGAGACAGAGUGUGGCUGAGAGUAUACGUGUGCAAGUGCAUGUUUGAGGGGAGAGCAUGCAUGCCUGGCUAUGCCCUUGCUUCCGUGUCCAUGUGUCCUUGUCUGUCUGUGGGUCUCUCCAGCAGAUGCCACCUCCUUCCCUGGCUGACCACCUGACCCCCACUGCAGCCCUGGAUUCCUCCCUGUGUGUCUGGGAUGGGGAGUGGGAAGGGGAAGGAGGCGGUGGGUUGGGGUAGCUGGAUGAAGAGGGAGGGGAGAAAGGUGGCAGAGGAAGGUUGAUGGGCCUAGGGAUGGAGAUGGGGGUGGGGCUGCAGAUCUGUGGACCGUGGUGAUGAGGGGGAAUGGGGAGAAGAAUUGGGAGGGGGAGGACUAGGGAGAGAAGGUGGAUGAGAGAAUCAGUGAUGGCUUCCAGGUAAGUGGAAUGGAGAAGGAGAAGCUGUGGGCAGAUUGGGGAAGGGGGGUGAAGCCAAAUGCCUUAGAGAAAAAAGGAAGGGGGGGCGGUUAGGAAAAGAAGAGCCGGGGGAGCAGCAAAGGUGCUUUAGACAUGGGAGGCAGACAGAGACAGAGACACAUGGAAAGAUAGAAAUGGGCAGAGACACACAGAGAGAGAUCGAGAUUCUGAAGGAGAAAUGGAUAGAGACAAAGAGACAUACGCAGAGACAGAGAAAGAGACGUGAGUGAGACACAGACAUGGGAAGACAUAGAGACAAAGAGAGAAACUGAGGCUGAGAGGAAGAGACACAGACAGAGAUUUCUUCUCCAGAGACAACCAAGCCAGCCUGAAUGACAGGAACAGGAGGCUGGGGGUACAGGGACGGUUGAGGGAGAGAUACUCAGAGAUGACAGACCCAGAUACCCUGAGAGGGAGGGAGGUGCAGAGGCUGCGUGAGCUGGCGUGCGGGCAUCAGGGAGAGGCAGACAGCGUGGAAAUGGCGAGGAGCCGCAGAGGCGGGCGACAGCAAGACAGGCAUAUUCCCCACAUUUGGAGAUGCCUCCACCCCACAGUGCACCCAUCUGGGCCUCCUGCCUAAACUGGAGAAGCCUCAGCUCCACACUCUGCCAGAUGGAAACCUGCCCCCAAGAGGUCUGGUCAUGGCAAGGGCAAGCAGGAACCUGCCAGAGACUGGGGUGUCCCCACCCCCACCUCCCUCAGACCCAGGAGCUUAAAACCCCAGUCCCCUCCAUCCUCAGACCCAGGAGUCCAGUCCCCAGCCACCUCUUCCCUCAGACCCAAGAGUUUAAGACCCCAGCCCCCUCCUCCCUCAGACCCAGGAGUCCAGGACCCCAGCCUCCUCCUCCAUCAGACCCAGGAGUCAGAGCCUCCACCCUUAUCCCUGCUGGGGACCCUAGCCUCAGCUUCCCAACUUUCCCUAAGGUUUCAGAGGUGGGCAGCCAAUGCUCACUCCUCCCAGGCCCACUCUCCUGCCUCCUCUCCCCCUCAGUUCUCAGCCUUGACCCCAGGACUUUCUGUCUCCACAUCCUACCAUCUGUGAGUCUGGCCAUCAGCAGAGGUGGAAACUUCCCUAUGUGGAGGUACAGCUGGAGGGGCUUCCUAUCCCCAGCCUGUCUCCUGUCUGAGACGCAGUGUUGCCGCAGGGCUGGCCCGGGGCCAGGCCUCCCGCCCACCCUGCACCCCUUGUCCUGCUCCCAGCCCUCCUGGCUGCAGCCCUUCCCUGUGCCCACCCAUCUGCCCCUGGUUCUGGGGGCAGGCAGCAGGCAGCUCAGUCCCUGGACAAGGUCACGAGGGGAUUAGCGCUGAGCUGCGCUGAGCCUUGGAUCACAGCUUGGCCCUGGGCCUGCAGGAUCGGUCAGCGGCCCUUGACAGCACCCAACCUCAUCUCAUCUCUUCUGCCCAGGCCCAGGCCCCAAAACCGCAGUGCCAGUCACUCCCUUUCCUGGGGUCAGUUCAGAUCAGGUCCAGGGUCCUGCCUCUUGCUGUUCUGCACCCCAAUUCCUGCCUGGUUCCAAUCUGACUGCACCCACCUCCUCAUGUGCCCACAGAUCCCACCAGCACCCAGCAGAGAGGCCAAGGCCCUCAGGACUGGCCUGUGCUCCAGCCAGGCCACUGCCCUGUGCACUUGGCUCCUCCCAGGCCUCUGUCCCAGCUGUGACCCCCACCUGGAGAGCCCUUUCUCCUCCUUUCCUGCCAGGCCUGUGGAGUCUGCAAAGAUUUGCUGAGUCUUUUGCAAGACAGUGACUCAGACAUCUGUAGGGCUGUGGGGAGACCCAGGAAGAACGAGCCGGGCUGAGAAGGCAGGGCCAGAGAGAGGGGCCCAGGAAGACCUGGGGCUGGAAGGACAGAAACCUGGGCAGAGAUGACACACUGAGAUGGACCCAGAGAGAAAGACACACCCACAAAAAGAGAAAGAUCCCAGUGAGAGAGAGACAGACUGGCAGACAGAUAAGCGACAGGAGAGAGGCAGAGCUAGAUAGAGAAAGACACACACAGAGCAUCACAGAGAAGGCAAGAACCCAAGAGAUGAAGAUAGAGACAUAAUGACAGAGAGAGACACAGAUAAAGAUGGAGGAAGACAGAGAGAGAAAACAAUGGCACUUGGAGACAGCCUUCAAUCUCAACAGACGCUAACUCAGGGGGGAGAGAUAGGAGCCCAGAGGGGUGGUGAGAAAUUCAGCCAGACUUGGGGAGAAAGUCCAAGAGAUGGAGACAGACAUCAUAUGAGACAGAGAGACAUAAAGAGCUAGAGCUCAAAGAGACACACGCAGAGACAGAGACAAAUAAAGUGAUGAGAGAGAAACAGGCACAGAGAGAGAAAGGGAGACUCAGAGAGAGACAGAGAUAGAGAGAUAAAGAUAGACAAAACAGAGCAAUAAGACAGAGACACACAGAUAGAGAGACCGAGAGAGACAGACGGAGAAAGAGAAAGAUAAGGACAGAGAGAAAGAGCAAAAGGCAGGCACGGAGAGAGAUCGGACAGGCCCAGAGAGAGAGAGAGACAGAGUUAAAAAGACUCUUAAAGACUAAAUGGGAGGGACGGGCAGAGACAAGCACAGAAAUAGAGAGAGACAGACCCCGACAGAGACUCUCAGGGCCAGAGACCCAGAGAUACAGAGUCCGAGGCAGUGAGACUGACUGGGAGCCAGAGACACACUCUCAGGUUCUCAGAGACACCCAGAGCCGGAUGGAAACUCACCAAGAGACACAGGGAGAGACAGAGAUCCACAGAGAUAGCCGCCUGCCCAGAGACAUGCUAGGAGCAGACACAGAGAGGAGAGCUACAGCCAGGGGCAUGGAGGGCCGGUGUCCCCCUUUAACCCCUUCUCGCCCGCAGUCUGGUCGCUCUGACAGCUAUCGUGUCGCCACCUCGCAGGACAAGAAAGAUGACAAGGGCUCGCCCAAGAAGGGCAAGGGCACCAAAGACCGCAGGGAUCUGGAUGACCUCAAGAAGGAGGUGGCAAUGACAGAGCACAAGAUGUCCGUGGAAGAGGUCUGCCGAAAGUACAACACGGACUGUGUGCAGGGUUUGACCCACAGCAAAGCCCAGGAGAUCCUGGCCCGAGAUGGGCCCAACGCGCUUACACCACCACCUACCACCCCAGAGUGGGUCAAGUUCUGCCGCCAGCUCUUUGGGGGCUUCUCCAUCCUGCUGUGGAUUGGAGCCAUCCUCUGCUUCCUGGCUUAUGGUAUCCAGGCUGGCACUGAGGACGACCCAUCUCGUGAUAAUCUGUACCUGGGCAUCGUGCUCGCGGCCGUGGUAAUCAUCACCGGCUGCUUCUCCUACUACCAGGAGGCCAAGAGCUCCAAGAUCAUGGAAUCCUUCAAGAACAUGGUUCCCCAGCAAGCCUUGGUGAUCCGGGAAGGUGAGAAGAUGCAGGUGAAUGCUGAGGAGGUGGUGGUUGGCGACCUGGUGGAGAUCAAGGGUGGAGACCGAGUUCCUGCCGACCUGCGCAUCAUCUCAGCCCACGGCUGCAAAGUGGACAACUCCUCCCUGACUGGCGAAUCAGAGCCCCAGACCCGCUCUCCCGACUGCACACAUGACAACCCCUUGGAGACUCGAAACAUCACCUUCUUUUCCACAAACUGUGUGGAAGGCACCGCUCGGGGUGUGGUGGUGGCAACCGGGGACCGCACUGUCAUGGGACGCAUAGCCACCCUGGCUUCGGGGCUGGAGGUGGGCAAGACACCCAUUGCCAUCGAAAUCGAGCACUUCAUCCAGCUCAUCACUGGCGUGGCCGUCUUCCUGGGCGUCUCCUUCUUCAUCCUCUCCCUCAUUCUGGGGUACAGCUGGCUCGAGGCCGUCAUCUUCCUCAUCGGCAUCAUCGUGGCCAAUGUACCAGAGGGUCUGCUGGCCACUGUCACUGUGUGUCUGACGCUGACCGCCAAGCGCAUGGCCCGGAAGAACUGCCUUGUGAAAAACCUGGAGGCUGUUGAGACCCUGGGCUCCACGUCCACCAUCUGCUCAGACAAGACAGGGACCCUCACCCAGAACCGCAUGACGGUUGCCCACAUGUGGUUUGACAACCAAAUCCACGAGGCCGACACCACCGAGGACCAGUCAGGAACCUCCUUCGACAAGAGCUCACACACAUGGGUGGCCCUGUCCCACAUCGCCGGCCUUUGCAAUCGCGCCGUCUUCAAGGGUGGCCAGGAUAACAUCCCUGUGCUGAAGAGGGAUGUGGCCGGGGAUGCCUCUGAGUCUGCCCUGCUGAAGUGCAUUGAGCUGUCCUCCGGCUCUGUGAAGCUGAUGCGCGAACGCAACAAGAAGGUGGCUGAGAUUCCUUUCAACUCCACCAACAAAUACCAGCUGUCCAUCCACGAGACCGAGGACCCCAACGACAAUCGGUACCUGCUGGUGAUGAAGGGUGCCCCUGAGCGCAUCCUGGACCGCUGCUCCACCAUCCUGCUGCAGGGCAAGGAGCAGCCGCUAGAUGAGGAGAUGAAGGAGGCCUUCCAGAAUGCCUACCUCGAACUCGGCGGCCUGGGCGAGCGCGUGCUUGGCUUCUGCCAUUACUACCUGCCUGAGGAACAGUUCCCCAAGGGCUUUGCCUUCGACUGCGACGACGUGAACUUCACCACGGACAACCUCUGCUUUGUGGGCCUCAUGUCCAUGAUCGACCCACCCCGGGCAGCUGUCCCCGAUGCAGUUGGCAAGUGCCGAAGUGCAGGCAUCAAGGUUAUCAUGGUCACGGGGGAUCACCCCAUCACCGCCAAGGCCAUUGCCAAGGGUGUGGGCAUCAUCUCAGAGGGCAACGAGACGGUGGAGGACAUCGCUGCCAGGCUCAACAUCCCCGUCAGCCAAGUCAACCCCCGGGACGCCAAGGCCUGUGUGAUCCACGGCACCGACCUCAAGGACUUCACCUCCGAGCAAAUUGAUGAGAUUCUGCAGAACCACACUGAGAUCGUGUUUGCCCGCACGUCCCCCCAGCAGAAACUCAUCAUUGUGGAGGGCUGUCAGAGACAGGGAGCAAUUGUGGCCGUGACUGGAGAUGGUGUGAACGACUCCCCUGCUCUGAAGAAGGCUGACAUCGGGGUGGCAAUGGGUAUUGCUGGCUCAGACGUCUCUAAGCAGGCAGCCGACAUGAUUCUGCUGGAUGACAACUUUGCCUCCAUUGUCACGGGUGUGGAGGAGGGCCGCCUGAUCUUCGACAACCUGAAGAAGUCCAUCGCCUACACCCUGACCAGCAACAUCCCCGAGAUCACGCCCUUCCUGCUGUUCAUCAUGGCCAACAUCCCACUGCCCCUGGGCACCAUCACCAUCCUCUGCAUCGACCUGGGCACUGACAUGGUGAGCCACAGCCAUGCCUGGGCCCUGGGAGGGCAGCGCCUUCCCCUCCCCGGCUCACCUGGUCUCUCCUGCCAGGUCCCCGCCAUCUCACUGGCAUACGAGGCUGCUGAGAGUGACAUCAUGAAGAGACAGCCCAGGAACCCACGGACCGACAAGCUGGUCAAUGAGAGGCUCAUCAGCAUGGCUUACGGGCAGAUUGGAAUGAUCCAGGCGCUUGGUGGCUUUUUCUCCUACUUUGUGAUCCUGGCAGAAAAUGGCUUCUUGCCCGGCAACCUGGUGGGCAUCCGACUGAACUGGGAUGACCGCACUGUCAAUGACCUGGAGGACAGCUACGGGCAGCAGUGGACAUACGAGCAGAGGAAAGUGGUGGAGUUCACAUGCCACACGGCCUUCUUUGUGAGCAUUGUGGUCGUUCAGUGGGCCGACCUCAUCAUCUGCAAGACCCGAAGGAACUCAGUCUUCCAGCAGGGCAUGAAGAACAAGAUCCUGAUCUUCGGCUUGUUUGAGGAGACAGCCCUUGCUGCCUUCCUGUCCUACUGCCCUGGCAUGGAUGUGGCCCUCCGCAUGUACCCUCUCAAGCCCAGCUGGUGGUUCUGUGCCUUCCCCUACAGUUUCCUCAUCUUCGUCUACGACGAAAUCCGCAAACUCAUUCUGCGCAGGAACCCCGGGGGUGAGGGGCAUCACAGGGUGAAAGGGGAAGAUUGGGGGGAUAGGGCCAGGACAGCUGGAGUGGGGAGGCGGGAAGAAGCUUUGUGGGUGCCUUGUUGGGUGGAGAAAGAAACCUACUACUGA